AUGGACACUCCCCAACAUCAUUCAGUUCUGCAGGACACAAUCACCCUCCCUAGAAACUCACAUGGAUUCGUCGACUUCUUGAGAAAUCUUGAUUUAAGUACCCAAAAUGACACUGAGCCUCGUACUCAGGACUUGGAUUUAGAUCUUCAAUGCUUAUUCCAGGUUGCGUGGUUGACUACAGUCCGUCCAUUUAUUACAUCUCCCACAAUCCAUCUAGCCGGAGAAUAUGAAAGAGGGUUCUCUGUUGUUGCAGAGGGAGUGCCCAAACCGAUUCGGACCCAAAGUCUCACGCAAGUGUCCAUAGACAGCCAGGAGAUUGUACGUGAUCUUCUAGACAGGGUGAUAAAUGGGGCACUGGCCAGCCCCAAAGUGGAUCCUAGCAACGGCCAUAGCAAGCACACCGAGCACAGAACUUAUGAUACAAUGAUCUUUUAUCAAAAAAGUGCUGUCAAUGACUCCAAACAACACUCGGAUCCAUGCAAAAAUGAUAACCACAUGGUCGCCCAAGCGGAGAUUCCGUUUACCAAUCUCCGAUUGUACAUCUGUCGCUCAGAAGACGACAAAAUUUCUGCCAGAAUCCAAAUGAACUCGGAUAAUGUUGAUACUAGGCUAGCGACGGGCCUGUUACAUAGUUUUGGCAAAGCACUCUCCUCUAUUUGUGAAAAUCCGAACCAGUCCAUUGGUAAUAUUGACUUAAUCAACACUCAAGACUUGAAUUUGAUCACCGGCUUCACGAGCGCCCAUGCAUUAUCGCCACCUCGCGAUGCGCUUUUACAUGAGCUCUGUUUGAGACAUGCGAUUAGUACUCCAAAUGUCCUAGCUGUGCGAUCAUGGGAUGGUGAUCUCACAUAUCGAGAGUUGAACGAUCACAUCACUAGAUUAGCUCACUGGCUUGUCAAUCAAGGUGUUGGUCCCGGAAUCUUUGUCGCUUGCGCAUUCUAUAAAUCAACAUGGACAAUUGUGGCCCGUCUCGCAGUCCUGAUGGCAGGAGGGGCAUAUAUCUGCGUCGAUGCGCACGACCCACCAGUAUAUUUGGACUCUGUCUUGGAAAGAACGAAUAUCAAAAUCAUCUUGACCUCGAUCGGAUUUGCAGAAGUGUUUAGCGGGAAAGUGGAUAUGCGAUUUGAAGUCAGUGCCGCGUCUCUUCAAACCUUGCCAUAUGAAUCAUGUGCGCCCUGCUCGCCUGUCACGUCAAGUGAUCCUUGCGUCGUUUUAUUCACCUCAGGCAGCACUGGGACACCAAAAGGAAUUGUUCAAGAGCACCGAAGCUACGCAUCAGCUCUGACAGAUUAUAUCCGCGUCACAAAAAUGGGACCGCAUACACGCAUGUUUCAAUUCGAUGCCUAUGCAUUCGAUAUCAGUAAUAAUGACCUCCUCGCACCUCUUAUGGCUGGUGGAUGCUGUUGCGUGCCCACGACCUCUCUCACUAUGGAGGCGUUGAUGAGUGACUUCGCGGACCUCCAAGCUAAUAUGAUGUUUGUGACGCCCUCUGUUGCUAUCGACAUUGACCCUGACCGCGUUCCAACACUGAAGGUCAUGUGUAUUGGAGGAGAGCCAGCCUCGGAUGCGGUGCUCUCGAAAUGGCUACAUCGCGUCCAACUGAUUAAUCAGUAUGGUAUGGGUGAAGCUGCUUCUAUCUGUGCGUUUAACGCGGAAGUCCAAAUUGGGCACGGUUCUGUGAUCGGUCGUCCUGCAUGUGGAGCUCUCUGGAUAGUGAAUCCUGAUAACACUGAUCAGAUUAUGCCGGUGGGAGCAGUUGGUGAAAUACUUGUCGAGGGACCACAUAUUGCACGUGGAUAUCUCGAUCCAGUUUCUGGACAAGCCGAUAAUUUUAUGGAUACACCACCACUUUGGAUGGCGCAGAUACAUCCCGGUCGGCAUAGACAUAGAUUAUAUCGAUCAGGAGAUCUAGGUCGGUAUUUCGGCCACGAUGGUGCAGUUGAAUUGAUCGGCCGCAAAGAUUCCAUGCUCAAACUUGACGGAGCUCGAAUUGAAGCUGGCCAGGUAGAACAUGUACUGAAUAGACAUUUAUCGCCUGGUGAUGCAGCUGUGGUGGAUGUCCUUGGUAAUGUUGAUGGAGUGAGCGACCCGAUUCUUGUGAUAUUUUUGUUCCUGGCAGGGAGUGAGGAAAGCUCGGUCAGCGGGGCUGUGGAAUCCAUGAGAUUUCAGCCUGUUGUGACUGACAUGGCCGCUUAUCCUUUCACGAUGCUUUUGCGUGAUGCUGUUCAGCAGAGCCUGCCCUCGCACUACCUUCCCAGUUUGUUCCUGUUGAUUGAUCGUGUUCCCAGGACCAAGUCAAAGAAGAUAGAUCGUCGCAAGCUUCAUAUGCUUGGCCAGAAUUAUUAUCUUCCACGUCGAGAGGAGUUGAGAGAGAUCACUGCUUGGCCUAGCUGGGAUUAG